GAGAGAGUAAGAGAGAGAAAGUGUGUGUGAGAGAGAGAGUCCAAGAGAGGAAGUGGAAGAGAGAGAGACCUAGGAGGAGUAACAGUAGUCUGAGUGUAUCAGUGUGUCUACAGCAGCAGGUCCUGUCAUCUAUCAGGCAACAGUCUGCAGGUUACGAUAUGGAUCUAGACGAGUUUGACAACGUGACUCUGAGGUACAACGUCACCAACUGUCCAUCUAUCGAUGAAUUCCGCAACCAGGUGUACUCUACGGUGUACUCUAUCAUCACGGUGUUCGGCCUGGCCGGUAAUGGUUUCGCCCUGUUGGUUCUGGUUAAAACGUUCCGUCAACGUUCUGCGUUCCACAUCUACAUGUUGAACCUGGCCGUGUCCGACCUGCUGUGUGUCUCCACGCUGCCGCUACGGGUCCUCUACUACGUUAAUAAGGGUCAUUGGAACCUGGGAGACUUCCUGUGCAGGGUUUCGUCCUAUGCCCUCUACGUGAACCUCUACUGCAGCGUGUUCUUCAUGACCGCCAUGUCCGUCACACGCUUCCUCGCCAUCGUGUUCCCCGUGCAGAACCUGCGCCUGGUCUCAGAGCGUCGCGCCCGUCUGGUGUGUGUCUGUAUCUGGGUGUUCAUUUGCACUGUCUCCUCCCCCUUCCUCAUGACUGGUCAACAUCUCCACCCAGCCACCAAUAAGACCAAGUGCUUCGAGCCUCCAGAGCGCAAAACAGGGGGCGGGCUUAACAAGCUCAUCAUGCUCAACUACUUAUCAUUGGCUGUGGGCUUCGUCCUUCCCUUCCUGGUCAUCCUGCUGUGCUACGUCGGGAUCAUUCGGGCCCUGCUGUCACGGCAACACACCGCGCAGCGCCAGAAGGGGGCAGGGUCUAAGGCUAUCAGAAUGAUCGUCAUAGUGAUGCUGGCGUUCCUGCUGUGCUUUAUGCCGUACCACAUCCAGCGCUCCGUCCACCUCAGCUUCCUGUCCCAGACUACCACUUCCUGUUCAGAGCUGGUGUACAUGCAGAAGAGUGUGGUGGUGACACUCUGUCUGGCUGCCUCCAACUCCUGCUUCGACCCCCUGCUCUACUUCUUCUCUGGAGAGGGCUUCAGACGACGCCUGUCAAGCUUCAGGUCCACUAUCAGGAAACAACCGCAGAGACAGGGGGCACAGCCACCACUGAGGAGGGGAACAAAGAGAGAGAGAGAACGGGUCCUACCCAGCACAGCAGAGACAGAGAGCACAGUCACCACUGGGGAGGGGAACAAGCUAUAGGGGGGAGAGAGAAAGAGAGUUCCUCUGUCCUGUGUUCUUUUUGCCCGUCUUAAUCUUUUCUUUUCAUUGGCCAGUCUGAGAUAUGGCUUUUUAUUUGCAACUCUGCCUAGAAGUCCAGCAUCCCAGAGUCGCCUCUUCACUGUUGAUGUUGAGACUGGUGUUUUGAGGGUACUAUUUAAUGAAGCUGCCAGUUGAGGACUUGUGAGGCGUCUGUUUCUCAAACUAGACACUCUAAUGUACUUGUCCACUUGCUCAGUUGUGCACCGGGGCCUCCCACUCCUCUUUUUAUUCUGGUUAGGGCCAGUUUGCACUGUUCUGUGAAGGGAGUAGUAGACAGCGUUGUACGAGAUCUUCAGUUUCUUUGCAAUUUCUCACAUGGAAUAACCUUCAUUUCUCAGAACAAGAAUAGACUGACGAGUUUCAGAGGAAAGGUCUUUGUUUCUGGCCAUUUUGAGUCUGUAAUCGAACACAGAAAUGCUGAUGCUCCAGAUACUCAACUAGUCUAAAGAAGGCCAGUUUUACUACUUCUUUAAUCAGACAACAGUUUUCAGCUGUGCUAACAAUUGCAAAUGGGUUUUCUAAUGAUCAAAUUGCCUAUUAAAGUGCUAAACUUGGAUUAGCUAACACAACGUGCCAUUGGAACACAGGAGUGAUGGUUGCUGAUAAUGGGCCUCUGUACGUCUGUGUAGAUAUUCCAUUAAAAAAAUCAGCCGUUUCCAGCUACAAUAGUCAUUUACAACAUUAAAAUGUCUACACUGUAUUUCUGAUCAAUUUAAUGUUAUUUUAAUGGUCAAAAAAUGUGCUUUUAUUUAAAAAACAAGGACAUUUCUAAAUGACCCCAAACUUUGGAUCAGUGGUGAAUACAACUUUUUUACACUCUCUUUGGAUAAAUCAUUCCAAUAAUUUUAAAGUUAACAGCAGGUAUUUUGCAUGUAAGUUUAAGUAUUUUGAUAUCUUCACAAAUCUACAAAACAGCCGUUUUACAUCCUGUAACGUCUGCUUCCAACUCCUCAAACACCUAGAUCCCCUGAACGCAUCUCACUCUGCAGAUCCCAAUCACCUGAAUUCUAAUCACCUGGUCACCUGGUCACCUGGUCACCUGGUCACCUGGUCACACACCUGUAUGUAUUACACACUUUCUAGUUCUUUGCACCCCGUCACUGUGAGGUAUUGUUUGUUUUGUGACACACGUCGUUCAGAGCGCUGGUUCUCCCGUGAUUUAAACCUCCCGUGGAUGAUAGUUUUUGCCUGCCUCACUAAUGACGCCCUUUGCCUAUUCCCUGCCUGUACCUUAGCCUAUUUGAUUUCCUCUUAUCAACCUAUUGCCUGAUCUCCCAGACGACGUUACUAGCCUAUUCCCUGCCUGUACCUUAGCCUAUUUGAUUUCCUCUUAUCUACCUAUUACCUGAUCUCCUGGAUGACGUUACUAGCCUUUUCCCUGCCUGUACUGUUGCCCUUUUGGACCCCCUGUGUAUGACCUUCUGCCUGCCCCUGGACCCAGCUAGCUGCCUCCUCCUGUGGUCCUUUGCAAUAAACACCUGCUGAGCCCUGCGCUUGAAACCAGCUCUCUGUCUCCCUCGUGUUCAUUACAUGUAUAUAUCAAUAAUUUGGCUGUACGUAUUUUUAGAUAUAGGCCUAUUUGUAAAUGUGUAUUGUUGCGUCACUAUCUAUAUUUAAGUACAAACAAUUUUAAGCUACGUAUUAUUUUGACAGAUCAGCAAAGCAAUUGAUAAAAUAGGACCAUGUUUGAAACAAGUGGUAAGCUACAGGUAAGCUACAGGUAAGCUACAGGUAAGCUACAGGUAAGCUACAGGUAAGCUACCAGUUCCAGAAAUCAGGAAUGGAGAUCGGCUCUUUAUCUGCUGUGUCCAACACACCACCACCUGUUGUUAUGUUGUUACACUCUGACCCCAGAAAUAUCUUAUUACGAUCAUUUUUUCAAUUACAUAUUUUUUUUUUAAAUAAAGUUUUAAGGAAAUACAGGCAUGCACUGCGUUACAAGACAAAACAGAUCAAUCAAGCCUGAUGGUCUUGUAAGGUUGCUUUCAUUUAAUACAAAAGAAGCAUGAAAAGGUAACGUGAUGGGAUACUGUCGUACUGUGGUGUGUUUGGCUUGCAGACAGUACAAACGAUUGUGUGAGAACCUCUAAUAGUAUGAAUUAGGAUGUAUGAGGAGGUUUGAAUCCUAAGCAACCUGCCUACACAUAGAUUGAAGUACAAUAGAACAACAUAGCUACUGUAGUAGGUCAAAGCUGUGUGCUGGAAACCCUUGAGAAUAGGUGGAAUAGGCAUUUUGGUGCUCAUGGGAAUUUCCUAUAUUUCAGACCAGUGCCUAUUCUCACUUAAAAUGUCGUUUUCUGUUUUUAAUAUAUGUACACGCAGUGGCCAGUGUGUUCGGUUUACUUAUCUAGUACUGGGUCGAACCCCCCUUUGCUCCAGAACAACCUGACUUCUUUGGGGCAUGGAUUCUACAAGGUGUGGUGUUCAAACGUUGCUCAAUUGGUAUCAAGGGACCUAACGUGUGCCAAACAUUCCCCCACACCGUAACGCCACCAGCCUGUACCGGUGGACACCGGGCAGGAUGGGGACAUGUACUCAUCCUGACUCUGCCAUCAGCAACAUGAACUGGGAUUCGUGGGACAAGGUGAUGUUUUUACACUCCUCAGUUGUCCAGUGUUGGUGAUGGCCACUGGAGCUGCUUCUUCUUGUUUGUAGCUGAUAGGAACCCGGUGUGGUCGUCUGCUGCAACAGUCCAUUUAUGCUGAGAUGAUGUUCUGCACUGUUGAACUGUGCCGUUAUUUGGCUGUUUCAACGAGCCGUUUUUGCCCACCGGGCUGCUCUGCUGACUCUAUGCUUGUUUUGUUUGUCGCACCGUUCUCGGUAAACCCUAGACACUGUCUGAAAAUCCCAGGAGGACGGCAAUUUCUGAGAAACUGGAACCGGAGCGCAUCGCACCGACAAUCAUGCGCCAAAAUCGCUUAGGUCACUUGUUUUUCCCAUUCUAAUGUUCAAUCGGACAGUAACGGAAUGCCUCAAUGCCUGUCUGCCUGCUUUAUAUAGCAAGCCACAACCACGUGACUCACUGUCUGUAGGAGCGAUGUCAUUAUCGUGAAAGGUACCAGUACCUCAUAUCAGUACCUGAUAAACUGAGUGUGUAUAUUGUAUAUAAUGGAGGUAUAUAAUGUGUGUGUGUGUGUGUGUGUGUGUGUGUGUGUGUGUGUGUGUGUGUGUGUGUGUGUGUGUGUGUGUGUGUGUGUGUGUGUGUGUGUGUGUGUGUGUGUGUGUGUGUGUGUGUGUGUGUGUGUGGGUGUGUGU